GAGUAUCUAAUUAAAGAAGGAAAUCUGAGCCGAGGAGCUGUAGAUAUGAUUGGAAAGUUACUGAAUGAAGAUUCUAGCUAUUACCUGUCUUUUAUUGAGAGCCUGAAAAGUGAUGAUCUCUUCUCUUACGAAAAAAGAUUUGAUGAAAUUGUUGGUGGAUUUGAUCAAUUGCCUAUAUCCAUGUAUCAAGCCAUUGCGGAAAUGGUGCAUUUAAAUGCUCAAGUAAUCAAGAUACAACAUAAUGCUGAGGAAGUCAGAGUGGCAUAUCAAACUCCAGCAAAGACCUUGUCAUAUGUGACAGCCGAUUAUGUCAUUGUAUGCUCCACAUCAAGGGCCGCCCGUCGCAUCUAUUUUGAACCUCCCCUUCCACCAAAGAAAGCACACGCUUUGCGGUCUAUCCACUACAGAAGUGGCACCAAGAUCUUCCUCACUUGCACUAGGAAGUUUUGGGAGGCUGAUGGCAUUCAUGGUGGGAAGUCCACAACUGAUCUUCCAUCUCGAUUCAUCUACUACCCUAACCAUAACUUUACUAGUGGCGUUGGAGUUAUUGUGGCCUAUACCCUUGCUGAUGAUGCCGAUUUCUUUCAAGCUCUUGAUAUCAAGACCAGUGCUGAUAUUGUCAUUAAUGACCUUUCACUCAUCCAUCAGCUGCCCAAGGAAGAGAUCCAGGCCCUCUGCUACCCCUCAAUGAUUAAAAAAUGGAGCCUGGAUAAAUAUGCUAUGGGUGCUAUAACCUCUUUCACUCCUUACCAGUUUCAAGAUUUUAUUGAAACAGUCGCUGCACCUGUAGGCAGAAUCUACUUUGCAGGGGAGUACACUGCCAGAGUUCAUGGUUGGUUGGACAACACAAUUAAGUCAGGGCUGACAGCAGCAAGAGAUGUGAAUCGUGCUUCUCAGAAGCCAUCAAGAAUCCAGCUGAUCAGUGACAAUCAACUUCAAGAAGGAGGUCAACACAAGGAGAAUUAUAAACAGCCACUUUCCCCAUUCUGGCAACUUCUAGGUUUUUCAGACUAAAAUUUCCAAAAUACCAACUGGGAAUUCUAGAAGCUGUAGUCCCAGGAGUUUGGAGCUAGAAGGAAUUGGGGGAAGUAAGCUGAUUUGGCCUAACUAAAUUAUCAAAUUAUAUCAGCCAAAACAUGUCAAACUAAGAGCAUUUUAGGGGAAACAAAAAUAAACCACAGAAUGAAAAGGAUUACUAGCAUGUCACCCCAAUUUGGAAAGGAAAUCCUCGCAGGAAAAUCUAUAUAUACUACGAAAACUCUCAUUUCUGUAACCUUUAACUGGGCGAAACAGUGCAUUAUAGGGCAAGAAUUUUUGAACCAAAAAUACCUCUAGUGGGCUAACUUACAAAAUGCAUCCAAAAUCCAGAACCCAUGAUUCUCCUGGAAGUAAAAUUUGGCAAAUUUUAUGAAACAUUUUAUGAAAUGAUACAGUUUCCUGCUUGAGUGGGAGGUUAUAUUAGAAGACCUCUAAAGUCCCUUCCAACUC